AUGUCAUGCAGACACUUGCUCAAAGCUCUUUAUCGGAAUUCCAAGCGAACGCAUCGGGGAGAAUGCGAUCAACAAAAUAAUUCAAAUACUUCUAUCACGGCCGACAAGAUCACAGAGGAUACAUCUGAAGAAAGCCUUGCAAGCGAAGAACAAGAUUUGCUCAAUCCAGCCCUAGAAACUGCCAUCCAAACCCAUCUCCAGAAAAUUUCCAGCCAAGAAAAGAUUUUCUUCCAGGCGGAAGCCAAAAGAUUAACUCAACACGAUUUGUUUUCGCAUGUCAGAGACUUCGACAAUGGCUACAAAGACCAGUCAGAUUUUCGGCCGCGUACUGAAAAGAUUACCAUUUUCCUGAAGUUUUUGGAGCGCUUUGUAGCAAGCGUCUCCAUUGCAAUUCAGAGCGACCCCACCAUUUCUUCGAUCAUUGUUGGGGGAACACUCAUUAUCCUACAGAGCGCCUUGAGAUUUGCAGACUAUUUCACCAAACUGGCAGAUAUGCUGGAGCAACUGAGUGACUAUCUGGGCCCUCUGGCUGAGUACACAAAAGACCCAUCAUCCUUGGUACGAAACUGUACUGUCGCUGUCUACGUCGAUCUUCUCACCUUCUAUCAAGACGCUCGCGGCGUCUUCAUCGAUCGGGAAGGGAAUCAACGAAUAUCAUGGCGGCUAUCCUCCUACGUUUUCGUUCGCAGUCAGUGGGAGCCGUUUGAGGCCAAAUUUGGGGCCAUAGAGAAACGCUUCAAGCACCAUCUCGAUGUUCUCCGGCAUUCAGUUUCAGCCACAGUGUUAGAAACUGUUCGGGACUUGAAAGCGAGCUCAGAGACAUACGAAUCCGUUGCAAGGAAAGAAGAACAUUACAAGAAACAAGAAUCUCUAAUAAACUGGCUAUCUGCGCCUGACUUUGAGCGAAAGCAUCUCGAAGUCUCUGCAAAAAGGCAGCCCGACACCUGCAAUUGGCUUUUGAAGCGAUCGGAGUUUACUAAGUGGUUAAAAGCCCCAGGGUCAUCGAUCCUGCGAUGUGAAGGAAAGCCUGGAAUUGGAAAAUCUGUACUGGCGUCAAAUGUGGUGGACUACAUAUCGACAGAGCAUGCCUCGGCUUUGAUUCCUGUGGUUUACAUCUACUAUGAUUACCAUGAAGACAAACUCAAAGAUCUGCCCUCCCUGAUCUUGGCCAUUAUACAACAGAUUUGUAUGCAAGUUCAAGAGAUUCCGGAGUGGCUCUUGGAACAUAAACGUUGCUUCCGAAGCCGCUCUGCCAUUGGCAGAAUGGAAUCCUUGAGCAGACUCGUUCAAUGUUUCGAUGGUAUGUUCAUGAUCUUUGAUGCCUUGGAUGAAUGCCCAAACGACCAUAGAGGCGAGGUAAUUGAGUUCAUUCUCGCUUGUGUCCGAGAUUUGCCAGUCAAAGUGUUUAUGACGAGUCGAAUGGAACCUGACAUUCUCGAUGCUUUCCACUCAACGGACGUUUUAACGGUCAAGAUCCAGGCAACUGAUGUUGCCGAUGAUAUCAGACUUUUUGUCUACAGCCAAAUCAAGAAGCUUCGACAACAUCGCAAUGGAAAACGGCUGUAUUUGACUGAUGAUAAUUUAGAGCCAAUCAUUGUGUCUUCACUGGCCGAGCAGUCAGAUGGCAUGUUUCUUUGGGUCGACCUUCAACUGAAAAAUAUCUGCCGGAUCAGUCGAGCGAAAAAGGAUCAUCUCAUCAUGGAAUCGCUGACUACACUUCCACGAGGUCUCCCAAACACAUACAUUCGCAUUGCCGAUCGAAUCGAGAACGAUUAUAACUACAUGAGAGAUCUCGCUGUGAGAUGCUUUAAAUGGGUUCUAAAUGCCCAGCAGCCAUUGCGCGAGUUAGAACUGCAGCAUGCCCUCACGCUCUAUGGCGAUAAAAUCGGUCAGGAUAUACACCCGAUCAGUGUUAUUCUCGAUGCUUGUGGAAACUUGCUUGUUGUAGAAGACGGCAUCGUGCGCCCAAUUCACUUCACUGUCAAGGAAUUCUUCAUCACGCAGUCACUCCAAGGCCCAUUGAGGAGCCUCCAGGAUCAUGACUCGGUCCAUGAGAGGCUAGCUUUGGACUGUCUGCAUUACUUGCAAAACUCUUUGAGUGGCCAGGGUCCCUGGCAUGACCCCGUACAGCUCGAGGAAUAUCUGUGGGACUGCCCACUCCUGUUUUACUGCUCGCAAUUCUUUGACUAUCAUAUCGAAGCCGCAAAUCGGGAUUCCAAUGACAUCCUCACAGCAUUAGAAAAAUUCUUCAAACAAGAUAGCGAUUUCUUUGCAAGUAUAUUGCAACUUCGUGCUAUUCAACGUCCUGAUAGGUUCACAGACUUGGUGUCGAGCACGAAGCUUAUUCUGCCCGGGGCUGAUGCGAGUUCCAUUUUCUAUGCAAGUAAGCUGUUCAGGCUCGAGCAUAUUCACGAUAAAUUUGCUGGUUUGAAACCAAACAUUCAGGCACUUCACCAGGCAGCGGCUGGAGGGCACGCAGAACUCGCGACCCGGCUGAUAGACAACGGAUUUGCGCUAAAUGAAAAAGAUCACAACCAUACAACGGCGCUAUACCAUGCCUGUCUUGGUGGUCACGUCGGAGUCGUGUCGCUCUUGUUGGAACGCUCAGCGGAUCUGGAUACCGAAGGCGGUUAUUACGGCUCUGCUCUGCAGGCUGCGGCUUCAAGAGGGCAAUUUGAGAUUGCAGAGAUGCUUGUCAACCAUGGUGCUGUGGUUGGUGGACCCAAGGGCCACUUUGGGAGUGCUCUAAUUGCUGCAGUCUCAGAAGGCCAUCUAAAGCUUGUGGAAUUGCUACUUGCCAGAGGUGCCGAUGGCAACCUUCAAGGGGACUCAUAUGGGAGCCCCCUGGAGACUGCCGCGGCUGGAGGUCAUGAGGAAAUUCUCAAGCUUCUCUUACGGCAGCCUAAUAUCGUUAUUAAUAACGACGGUGGCCGGUUUGGUACUGCAUUGACUGCCGCUGCCGCAAACGGCCAUGAAAAUUCCGUUCGCUUGCUAUCAGAUGCUGGUGCUGAUGUCAAUUUUGGAGGAGGGUAUUACGGGUCUGCGCUCCAGGCAGCGUCCGCAGAAGGCCAUGAGAAGAUCUUCCGGUUUCUACUUGAACAAGGAGCCAACCCAUAUACCCGCGCAGGACACUAUGAGACCUGUCUCCAAGCAGCUUCCGUCGGUGGCCACCAGGCGAUUGUCAAAUUUUUGCUCGACAAUGGUGCUGAUGUAAAUGCGCGAGGCGGGAAUUACGGCACAGCGUUGCAGGGUGCGUCAGCUGGGGGGCACGUGGAAAUAGUCCAGAUGCUCCUGAGCCGCAAAGCAGCUAUCGAUGUCCAGGAUGGCUACUAUGGAUCAGAACUACAGGCAGCUUCAUGUGAGGGACACGAGGCCGUUGUUUCAUUGCUGUUGAAGCAUGGGGCUUUCGUCGAUCUUUUAUGCGGAGAGUACGGGACUGCAUUGCAAGCAGCAGCAUAUUGGGGUCAUGUAAAGAUCGUUGAGAUGUUUUUAGAUCAUGGCGCAGAUGUCAAUAUUCAAGGUGGACGUUACUGCAAUGCCAUGCAAGGGGCCUGCGCGAAGGGCCAUGAACGGAUUGUUCAACUGUUGCUCCAGAAUGGGGCAGAUAUUCAUGUCCAGGGAGGAAAAUAUGGAACAGCUCUUUAUGCGGCAUCCUUCAAGGGUCAUGAGGCUGUCCGCCAGAUGAUUCUCGAUUAUGAGUGUGCGAUGCAACAACGAGAAAGCUCGUCGCUGGGGCUUUUAUAA